UAUCUUAUUCUUUCAUUAAUUCAUUCUCCAAACCAAACAAAUUCCCUCUAUUGUUGGGUUGUUGUCCUUGUUUUUCUUUUUCCAUGUCUGACAAACAAGCUCACCUUAAUGGUGCCUACUACGGCCCUUCAAUCCCACCACCUACAAGAACCUACCACCGUCCCGGCCGUGGCUCCGGCUGUGGCUGUGGCUGCUGUCUUCUCAAAUGCCUCUUCAACAUCAUCAUCACCGCCAUCGUCAUCAUCGGCCUAGCCGUUUUCAUCUUUUGGCUCAUCUUCCGUCCCAACAAGGUCAAGUUCCAUGUCACCGACGUCCAACUCACCCAAUUCAACCUCACUUCCAACAACACUUUGCAUUACAACCUUGCUCUUAACAUGACAAUACGUAAUCCCAACCGUAGGAUCGGCAUAUACUACGAUCGUAUCGAGGCUCGAGCCUACUACGAGGAUCAAAGAUUCGAUACCGAAACGUUGACCCCGUUUUAUCAAGGACAUAAGAACACUAGUUACUUAAACCCUGUUUUCGUAGGGCAGCAAUUUGUUAGACUUGGUGCUGAUGAGACAUCGGAGUUUAAUGAAGACAGGGUUAAUGGGGUUUAUGAUAUCGAUGUGAAGUUGUAUUUGAGGAUUAGGUUUAAGCUUGGGAGGGUGAAAACUGGUAGGUUUAAGCCUAGAAUUUCAUGUGAUUUGAAGGUUCCUUUGAACACUGGGAAUGGUAGCUUCGGUGGUACGUUUAAAACCACUAGAUGUGAUUUGGAUUUCUAGUAUGAAUCUGAUUCAUGCUUUGGUCCAGGCUGUGAUUCUAUCUUCAUUCAGGGAUGUAUACAUUUUGUUCUUGUUUUUGCUAUAGGUAUGUGAAUAUAUGUUGAUUUUUGGCGAUGGACCCUGUUUUAUUAUUAUUAUUAUGUAUUUGAGUAUUUUUGUGUUCUUGGGUUAGGUUUGUUGAAUAAAUAAUAAUGAUUCUUUUUUAGUAA